AUGAAAGCCAUUUUUAGUUUACUGCUGCUAUUAGCAUGUUGUAAUCAUGUUAUUUCAUAUAGUCAAAUAUCAAGUGAAGGACUGAAAUUGCUUACGGAUUUGACAGACACCGAACGUCUUCAAGUUACCGGGGAAUUUUUGGAACCAAUUUUGAUAACGCGGGUUCCUGGCACAGAAGGAAGCGUUAAAGUUCAAAAUUUUAUUAUUUCAAAUUUUAAAAAAUUGGGAUGGCAUAUCGAACAAGACAAUUUUACAGAUCAUACACCAUUAGGAGAAAAAUUCUUCAACAAUAUCAUCGUAACAAAGGAUAUCAAUGCCAAAAGGCGACUAGUCUUAGCAGCUCAUUACGAUUCGAAAUACUUUCCACCACCUAACGAAUUUGUUGGUGCUACCGAUUCUGCCGUUCCAUGUGCGAUGUUAAUAGAUCUAGCCCACAGGUUAAAUCCACAUUUUGAUCAUAGAAAAGUUGUAGAGUCGGCCGACCUCACACUUCAAAUUAUUUUUUUUGACGGUGAAGAAGCGUUUGAAUCCUGGACAAGCACCGAUUCACUUUAUGGAUCUCGAUCCGUCCUUGAUGCGAUCGAUGUAUUUGUUUUACUUGAUCUUCUAGGCGCGAAAGAACCGAACUUUGUAAAUUUUUAUCCAACCACUUCAUGGAUGUUCUCUGAACUUUCAAAAAUAGAAGCUCGGCUAUACAAAGAAAAAAUAUUUAACACAACCAUUCCAGAAGAAGUAUUAGAUAAUUUUUUUUAUUUUGAUGCAGAUUCUAUACAUUCAGCUUAUGGUCACAUUGAAGAUGAUCAUAUACCAUUCUUAAAAAGAGGGUGGAUUAAUAAUUAUAUUGAUAACUAUAUUAACAAUUAUUCUGAAAAAACUUAUAGAAUAAUUUCAAUGCCUUAG